CUGGUUCUUGUGCUCUUUUAUUAUAUCUAUAUUUAAAUUUUAAUUAUUUAUAUUUAAUAUAAUUUCCAUGGCCGGCAAGCAAGAGUUCCUCUCGCCGGAGAUCGUUAACCGGGGCGUGGAGGGAUCGGGACCAUACACGGGCUCCUUGAGUUUCUCUGUGAGGGUCCGACGAGGCAUGCCGGAUUUUCUAAACUCUGUUAACCUAAAAUAUGUGAAGCUUGGAUACCAUUAUCUUGUUAGUCAUGGACUUUAUUUCUUCACCGUGCCGAUUCUGGUGCUGAUUUUCGCUGCCGAGAUCGGGAAGCUGACACUGGGAGAUGUGGGGUCCAGAUAUGACACGACGGAUGUCGUCUUUGCUUCGGGGUUGUUGGUUUUGAUUGUGUAUGUUUAUCAUGAUCUAAGCCCGAGGUCGACUUACUUACUUGAUUUUGCUUGUUAUCGGCCGCCUAAGGAGCUUAAGAUUACAAAAUCUGAAUUCAUUGAGCUCGGAAAAAAAUCCGGCAACUUCAACGACGCCGCUAUCGACUUCCAGCAAUGGGUUCUCAAGAACUCUGGGAUUGGCGAUGAGUCGUACAUGCCAAGAUCAGUGUUUGUCCCUGGGAAAAAGAUCACUCUCAAGGAAGGCCGAGAAGAGGCGGCAACAGUCAUGUUCGGGGCCAUUGAUGACCUUCUAGCAGCCACCAGGGUACGACCCAAAGACAUAAGGAUCCUCAUAGUGAAUUGUGGCAUCCUAAACACUACCCCAUCGCUCUCGGCGAUGGUGAUAAAUCACUACAAGCUAAGGCAGGACAUUCAUAGCUUCAACCUUGGGGGAAUGGGCUGCGCGGCAGGAGUGAUUGCCAUUGAUCUAGCGAAAGACCUCCUCAAUGCGCAUCCAGGCACAUAUGCACUAGUGGUGAGCACCGAGAUCGUGGCAUUCACUUGGUAUGCAGGUAAUGACAUCGACAUGCUUCUUCCAAAUUGCUUCUUUCGGAUGGGAGCGGCAGCAAUGUUGCUCUCCAACCGCCGUCUUGACCGUUGGCGCUCCAAGUAUGAACUCAAGCAGCUUGUUCGCACUCACAAAGGCAUGGACAGCCGCAGCUUCCGGUGCAUCCACCAAAGAGAGGAUUGCCAAGGGAGGAAAGGCCUUUCAGUGAACGGCGACUUGCUUGAAGUGGGGGGCGAGGCGCUUAAGACCAACAUCACCACCCUGGGCCCGCUUGUCCUCCCGGUCUCAGAACAGCUCAUCUUCUUCAAGGCAUUGCUCUUCAAGAAGAGAAAAACCAAGCCAUACAUCCCAGACUACAAGCUUGCAUUUGAACAUGUGUGCAUAUUGGCUUCCAGCAAAAGGGUACUAGAUGAGUUACAAAAGAAUCUCGAGCUGACUGAGGAGUACAUGGAAGCAUCAAGGAGGACACUGGAGAGGUUUGGGAAUACUUCAAGCAGUAGUGUGUGGUAUGAGCUGGCAUACCUGGAGGCCAAUGGGAAAAUCAAGGGUGGGGAUAGAGUGUGGCAGCUUGCAUUUGGGUCUGGAUUCAAAUGCAAUAGUGUUGUGUGGAAGGCCCUGAGGAGUGUUGGGAGGCCAAAGAGGAGCCCAUGGAUAGGGGAUCCUGCAUAG